AUGUUGAGAUACAGCGUGCAUGUGUGGACUUUAUGUUUGCUUUAUGCAGGCUCAUCUAGUGAGGACACCAACAGAUGUGAACUGCAGCCAUGUCAAAAUGGUGGCAUGUGUGAGAGCCACUAUGGGGGAUUCAGAUGCCUUUGCUCCCAACAGAGCCAAAAUGGGCGCCUGUAUGGGGGUGAGACCUGCACAAUUGCCCUUUCAGGCUGUGAUGACCACCGGUGUGAGAAUGGAGGAAUAUGCUCUCCUUUACUUGUAAAUGAGCAGCACACGUACACAUGCAUCUGCCUUCCUGGCUUCACAGGCUCAAAAUGCGAGACCCCCACGGCCUUCUCAUUUGAGUCCAGAGGCUACAUGUACAUAGAGACACAGCAUUAUGACCCAGCGGCUCCUGUUAAUGUCACAUUCAGCUUCAAGACGGAAAGAGCAGUCGGUACUCUGUUGCAGCGCCGAGUGGACGACCUGCUCUUCAGCGUCGAGCUGAUGGACGGACAUCUCCGGCUCCUCAGCCAGAGCGGCCACGGCCUUAGCACUCUGGUCCAAGAGCUCCCUGAAUACUUGUCAGACAACAAGUGGCACACUGCGGAAGCAUCACUAGGCGAUGUGGUCAGCCUCCUCCGGCUGCUCUGCACUGAAGGAGACUGCACCAGACACUCCAGCACGGAAGCCCAGCUGUUUGACGAAUCCUCUGGUCUCCUCGAGCCAGGGACAGUUAAUCGAAACCUCUUCAUAGGAGCGGCCGUGGGCAGCUGGGGUUUGGACAGAGCUGUGGCAAACCACCCGGCCGCUUUUCUAGGCUGCUUCCGGGAUGUGCUUGUUGAUUCACACCUGGUGCUGCCAGUUGUAGUGCCAGAAGAUUCAGAUGCCCAGGCGAACGUCACUGUGGGAUGCAGCGACAAAGACAAGUGCGACAGCAGCCCGUGUCAGAACCGAGGCCGCUGUGUGAGCCAGGGCUGGAGGAGCUACAUGUGUGAGUGCCUCAGGCCAUAUGAGGGAAACAACUGUGCAGAGGAGUACAUCACUGCCAGGUUUGGAAACAAGGACGAGGGGAGUUACUCUGUCUUCUCCUUCGAUGAUGACCCGGGUGAUCCCGUAACUAUAUCCAUGUUCAUUCGCACCAGACAGUCCAGCGGCCUGCUCCUCGUCCUGGCCAACAGCACCAGCCAGUACCUCCGCCUGUGGCUGGAGGAGGGCAGGGUCAAGGCCCAGGUCAACAACUUUGAGACCCUUGUUGGUCCCAGGGCUGUCAGUGACGGCCAUUUCCACCUUGUGACUGUGAAGCUGGAUGGAACGGCUGCCAGCUUGUUCCAGUCAGCCCAAGACCAGGCCUCUAUGCCCAUCAGGCACAUUCACGCCCACUCAGGGGAUUUGGUUUUCAUCGGAGGGCUUCCAGACUCAAGGGCUUCUGCCUCGUUUGGUGGCUAUUUUAAGGGCUGUGUCCAGGAUCUGAGGAUUAACAGGAAACGACUGCAGUUCCAUCCCAUAGAAACUGUGGUGGAAUCUUACAACCUGGAGAAACUCGUCAAUGUCGCACAAGGAUGCAGCAGUGACGACGCCUGUGCUGUCAAGCCCUGUCUCAACGGGGGAAUGUGUUACUCCAUGUGGGACGACUUCAUCUGUAACUGCCCCCCCAACACCGCAGGGCAGCGCUGUGAGGAGGUUAAGUGGUGUGAGCUCUCUCCCUGUCCCACCGGUGCUGUUUGUCUGCCACACUCCCAGGGCUUUGAGUGUUUGGCUAAUGUGACAUUUCGGGCUGACAGCAGCAUUUUGCAGUACCAGAGCAAGGGAAAGAUUAGACGCAGCCUCACGAGUGUGUACCUCAGCCUCCGCACAAGACAGUCCGCUGCCACCAUACUGCGUGCACAAAGGGGCUCAGACUACCUCAUCGUGUCCCUCCAGGACUCUCAUUUGGUCAUGGAGAUCAAGGCUGGGGACGACCAGGUAACCGUUCGAAGCCAGGGUGCAAUCAGUGAUGGAGCGUGGCGCACAGUGGAGCUCAGCAAGACACUCCCAACCUCCAGGUGGAUCAUGGAUGUGGAUGGGAGCCAGAAGCAGCCAAGCAUGUCCGAAACAGCUGCGGGGAAUCUGGAUUUCCUCAGGGAGGGAGCAGACAUUUUUCUCGGGGGACUCGGGGGACUGGAUGCCGGAGUGAAGUUCUCUGGCUGUGUGGGCUCUGUGGAGAUCGGAGGCCUUCUUCUCCCUUUCUACCUGGACACGGAGUUGAACCUGCCCAGACCCCAGGAGGAGCAGUUUGUGAGGGUAAAUGACAACGCUGCCCUGCAACACGGCUGCUGGGGAGCCAGUGUGUGUGCACCCAGCCCUUGUCAGAACCAGGGCGUGUGCGAGGAUGUCUUUGACCUGCACCACUGCACCUGCCCCUCCGAGUGGACAGGGCCGCUGUGUGAACAGUCGACAGACAAUUGCAUCUCCGGCCCCUGCAUCCAUGGCCACUGCACCAACUCCCCCGGGGGGUUUAAGUGUGUGUGUGAGCUCGGUUACAGCGGUGAACAGUGUGAGUUUGAAGUGGACAUGUGUGAAAACAACAACUGCAGCAAGGGUGCCACUUGCCUCAAAGGCUUCCAGAGCUACGCUUGCCUCUGCCCUCAAAAUCUGACAGGCCUGUACUGCGAUGGCAGCGUUCCUGAAAUCCCCUGGUACAUCGAGACAUUUCCACUUCCUCAGCUGCCUACAUCUACAUGCAUGGGUUCAAGAUGGAAGUACAGAUGCUUUAACGGAGGGAACUGCUCUGAAGUAGACAACGCCUGUUACUGCCUGCCUGGUUUCACGGGACAGUGGUGUCAGAAGGAUGUAGAUGAAUGUGCCUCGAGCCCGUGCAUGAACGGAGGCUUCUGUGUCAACUACGUGAACAGUUUUGAGUGUGUGUGUGACAUGAAUUACUCAGGGAUACACUGCCAAAUGGACGUCAGCGACUUCUACUUGUACCUCUUCCUGGGCGUGUGGCAGAACCUGUUCCAGCUUAUGUCCUACCUCUUGAUACGCCUCGAUGAUGAGCCGGAAGUCGAGUGGAUAUUCCAAUUCUAUGAAUAGCCCCUUCCAUGUCAUAUUUGAUACAUCAUGAGAGAGCGUCAAAUUGGAGCCCGCUUGAAUAUUUCAUGUGAUCGUACACACAGCACAACAAAGCUUUUCAAGAUAGGGAACAGAGAAACCACAAGCUUUCUCAGGAGAAGCUGCUUCUUCUUCUUCUAUGAUUCACAGUUUGUAUUCUUACAUUUUUCUCACUUCCAUUGGGCAGACACAUGUCCACAUAGACAUUAUGAACAAAUAUAUAUAUAACUACCCAGUCUCAGUGGUCCUCUCUUGUAUGGCCUCUUGUGAUUUAGGUUGAUUAAAGAUGUAUCUACAUUAAACUUCCCCCCGCUUAUUGCGGCAUUAACCAGAUAAAAAAUAACUUGUUUCCUUAGCACGAUAGGUUGUUGGGACCAUGUUACCUGUUUUUAGAAUAAAGUGAGAUUCUCUGAGCUCAGUUCUAUAAAAGCCAGGAAACAGAAGUUGAGUUUAGACCAGAGGAGACAAGGAACUGUUGCAAUAAUUAUACAUUAUGUGUGGAACUGUAUUUAAGUUCGUCUAGUGCACCGAUAGGUUCACCGAUAGAAAUCUGUCUGUUGUGAACAGAUGUACUUGGUGAUGAAUAUUGUAUAUAUUGUACCAUAUUCAUCACAGUCCAUUAAUGUAUAUUAUCUGGUUCUCAUACUGAAAACCACGUUCGAGUUUUUUUUGUGCCUUAAAAUGUUCACAUUUUCCUGGAGAACUGUUUUAUAAGUAGUGAUUAUUUAACAACUGUUCAGGUGAGUUUUUUACUACCAAUCUUUAUUCAAUUGUGGUCUGUCAGAUUGAGAGAAGGAAGUAUUCAUUUCACAUUCUGAUUUUGUAGUGCUUUCACUCAAAACCCUGGGCUUGCACUCAAAUAUAA